AUGACUGACCGCAUCUCUCCGCCUUCCUCUCCGCAGGAUUCCAACACAACCGGCAGCAUCAACGAGAAGCUCAACUCGCCCAUCACUCCCGAGAACAAGCGUGUUUCCAUUAUCGCGAACUCUGGCAAGUCCUUUGCAGACCGAAAGAUGAGCCGUCGCCUUUCCACGGCACCUACGGGUCCUCCAAUUGUCGAGAGUGGCAACGAUGGCCUGACAAGAGACGUGAACCACUCCCUUCCCGGCGAUGGUCUCCGGAACAACAGGAAGUCCAAAACCCAAGGCGAGUUGGCUAAGCGCCGGAGCUCCUACUAUGAGGAGGCUUUCCAGGGCGACAGGGAGGCCAACGUGAUGAAGGACCGCGUCUAUGGCGAGGCUAUAGUCAUGGUUGAGCUUCGCACCAAUGUUAUCAUCAGUGACGAAUUCAGCUUUAUCACGGAUUUCUCCUACCAACUCUCAGUUAGAUACCAGAGACCCGUCUCGUCGAUCGUGGUUAGUCUGCAGCACGGAGCUUGUAUGUUGUUUGGGGGAACUUUCGACCCGGCCUACACCAUGACCAUUCACGCUCUGCCCUGCGAGGUUGGUAUCACCAAGAACAAGAGGAAUACUGCUUUGCUGCAAAAGCACUUGCAAGAAGCCAUCGGCGUUGCGCCUGUGCGUGGAUUCCUCAAGUUCAUGGAAGUUCCUGCGGAGAACAUGGCUGUCAACAGCAAGACCAUGGCGUCCCACAUUGCCGAAAUGACUGGCGAGGAGGAGGAGACUAUCGCUGAGCGCCGCGCCCGCAACCGCAAGAGCAUCAGUGCUAAGUCCGUUUCUGCUCUUCGUCAUGGAUCCAUUGCCGGAGGUAGGAAGGGCUCUAUCUUUGACUUCAGGAGAGAAUCUGUUGCAGCUCCACGAAGGGACUCGGUUAUGCCACCUCCCAACGAGCUCACCCCUCCUCACAGCGCAACUGAUGCGCCUCCCAUUCCUGCUAUCCCUGAGCAGCACGUUCAGAACGCUGUCACUACCACCACUACCACCACCACCAGUGACGAGAAGGACACACCAGUCAGAGAGGUCGAGAAGGCAGCAACAAACAACAGCAAUCUGGCUCCGACGAAGAAGACCAAGGCGGCAAAACGCAAGAGCAGCUUCGUCACCUCGCUCUUUUCUCGCACUCCCAGGAACACGCCCCCUCCCAUGCCAACCGUGUCUUAG